CUCAUUUCCUUAUUCACAAUUUCUGUGUAUUGGACGAGAAACAGUAAAUUUUUAUUACAAAAUUGGUUAAAUGGAAUAAAAUUGAUUUAUAUAUAGGAAAUAGCAUACUAUCGCAAUAUAAAAUACAAUCAAAAGUUGCGUGGUGCCUUUGCGAGCUUUUUAAAAAGAUUUUCUAUAUUUCUGAAUGCGAUUGUGGCAAUAUAAUAAUCUCGAUUUGCCUUCAACAUGAUGGACGAUUCCUUGGAUUUUGGAGGCGGUGGUGAUAAGAAUAACACAGACGACAAAAUAAACAACAAAAAUAUUAAAAUGGAGGACAACGAAGAGCAAAGUCAGGAUUCCAGCCUGAUGAAUAACUCGCAAAGUGUCUUAGAGAAGAUUGCCAACUUGUAUGCCGAACAGUUAAUGUCUGAUAUAAUUUUGGUAGUGGGAAAUGAACAGUAUCCAGCUCAUCGUGUAAUACUCUGUGCCAGUAGCGAGGUAUUUCAGGUAAUGCUUAUGAAUCCGGAAUGGAAUGAAUGUCGUAAGCAUGUUAUCGAACUGGUUGAAGAGCCCUGUUGUACGGCUGUCUUCCCACAAUUUCUUAAAUAUUUAUAUGUGGGACAAAUAAAAAUUUCGCUGCAAACUGUAAUGCCAAUGCUUGCUCUAGCAGACAAAUACAACGUUAGGGAUCUCGUCGAGUUGUGCGUUGACUAUAUGAUGAAGCACAUCGCCAAAGCCGCUACUCAAGGCUACCUUGUGUCCUGGCUACAGUAUACAAUUGCUUUUAGUCCCUACCAUAAAGAACUCACCGAAACAUUGAAACGUUUUUUAAAAUGGAAUUUGGAAAUGGUGAGCGAAUCAAAAGACUUUGUAGAAUUAGAUGCUGCAAUCAUGGUGGUACUACUACAACAAAAUGACAUAGUGGUAACCAGUGAAUAUCAAUUGUUUGGUAUAUUGCAACGUUGGCUACUGCAUCGUAAAGAAGUGUAUGACAAUGACGACACACUUACAGUGGAAGAAAAAAAUAAUUCAUUCUUACAAUUGGUUGAACAAACCGUUGUGCAUAUACGAUUUGCCAUGAUGACGCCGCGUGAACUGGCGCAUUUACUACUCUUCCCAUUACUUGAGUAUCACAAGGAAUAUAUUGUGCAACGCAUGGCCAUAGGCAUGAGUUAUCAAUCUGGUCAAGAGGAUCGUGUGCGUGAAGUGCGUUAUUCACCUGAGGGCAUGCUGCAAUUCACACCGCGUCUCUACUCCAACGAUACAUGGAGUGUUAGUAUACAUGUGAAGGAGUUUGAUCAAAUCGAAAAGUACACAAACUAUGUGACGUGCUUUUUUUCACAGCGAAAUAUAGCCGAAACGGAAGAUGAUCAUACAAUUACAUGGGAAAUUGAAUUCUUUCCACGUGGCGUGAAAUAUAAUAAAGCGAAAAUCAUUUGGGGUGAAGAUGUGCCAGAGUUUUCAUUGAAAACUGUGCGUUUGCGCGUCACUUGCAAGUAUCCACAGCUAGAUGAAGAGCGUUUUAAGGUUGCUGUACUCAUCACUGGUGUACAAAAUAAAAUCGAUCAUAUUCUCACUGUACACGAACGUACCGAAUAUUUUUCGAAUAAAGUGCGUGUCCUAAAUGUGGACAAUCUUAUACCCUACGAUGAAUUGGCGUUAUCUUCCAUUAAAUUGAGUCCUCAUCUCAUCGGAGCUGAGCGUAAUAAUUUGUCAAUACAAGUGAUUAUAGCACCGAUGGGCCCAUAUACGUGUCGUGAUGCGCCACCAUUUGAUUUUAAGUGAAAAGGCAAUGCACUUUAGUUUGUAAGAUUGUAUACAUAAUAUGCGGUAGGUGUGAAUAUGUAUAUUGAAAACCACUUAAGUUAGUUUAACAUAAUUAAAUUGGAAUUAUUUUAAGUGUAUAAUUACGAAGAAAUUUCUCGUGUUUUAUUUGUUUCGAUAUAAAAUCAUUAAUAGAUUUUAAUUAAUACUGUUUUUGCAUGAGAUAUGGUAUAUUGCAAUAAAAUUAAAACAAAAAACA